AUGUACAUUGUUCAUGAAAACGGGGAAAAAAUAUUUGAGGUAACGCACGAAGAAUCUACAAAAAGAACAGGAUGCAAUUGUAACAAAUUCAUCAGAGUAGGACUAUUAUGUAAGCAUGUGUUGGCCGUGUUCAAGAACGAAGGCGUGGAAGAAAUACCAGGAUGCUAUAUUGUUCCCCGAUGGACUAAGACUGCGUGUGCACAGCCAAUGUACAAUGUUGUGUGGAAAGCAUGCAGUACUACAGAGGGUGGGAAUGAAUUACGAACAAUUGCCAACCAACUUUGGAAUGAGUUCUACAACUGCAUGGGAUUGGCUAAUGGAUGCCCAAACGAAAUGGAUAUAAUGUUAUCAACAAUGCAAGAACUUAAAGGGAGGUUACAAAGCGCCAGACAACAAACCAAAGCAAGCACCACCCCUCAAUCAGUGAUCGAAUCAAUACUAAACGCCACUGCACCUGCCGAGAUCCGAAUCAAACCACCAAGCAUUGCAAAAAACAAAGGUAGUGUGAAAACAGUAAAAAGCAACAAAGAUAAAGCAACUGAAAAAGGGAAGAAAAAGGUGAGGACAUGCGCUACCUGUGACUGGCCGGGGCACAACAGCAGGAACUGUCCAUAA